AUGCUAAGGGGGAGAAAACCAGAAGAGGAACCUAUAGUGACCGUAAUCAAAAUCAAACCAGAACCCGUAGAAGAAUGCAAUCUAUUUUAUAGAAACUAUCAAUGGGCCCUCGUGGAUUGUGUCUGCUGCCCAUUCCAAAACGAAUGUCUCAUGAAGAAAGAUAACGACAAUCGAGUAAAGGAUGGUAAAAGCCCCCUUGUACCCGUCACCGAGGAGCUCUGCAAGAGCUUUAUUCCCAAAAGUGUUCUAGAAAUCCCCGUAAUAGCUCAAUUUCCCAUACCUGCUCCUUGCGGCUGCAAUCGAAAGCCAGGAUCUAUUGUCACCCAAAGGUUUAACAGUCUGUGUCACCUGCUUAAAUUCUCAGCGAAAAAUAGGAAACCAUUCUUAAGUUACUCGUACGUCAAACCCAGAAAAAUGAAGAGAGGACGUCCUUAA